CAUGGUCAUUUGUUUUAAUUUAUUUUAGUUUCCUACUUCUGCGCCUAGUGUCGAAUAUCCACUGGAUGAUGACAAGAUCCUGCUUAUUGAAGGAUUGGUUCGUGAGGCUAGUGCGGAAGUUUUGUUCGAAAGGAACGGGGAAGAUCGAUCAAUCUCUGAGCUUAUUUUAACUUCUAUUUCAAGGUGCCCAAUCGACAUCAGAAAGGACAUGGCAGAAAAUAUUCUUGUCAUAGGCGGUGGUUGCAUGAUGCAGGGUUUCAUGGCACGCUUGAAAGAGGAGCUUUUAAAUGCUUUUGACGAUGACCGACGUCCCGAAAUGCGGCCGUUACAAGCUAUAAAAUUUUACAAACCUUCCGUUCUGCCAAACUACCUCGCUUGGGCAGGAGGCAGCAUUUUCGGUGGUCUUGAAGUUCUUGCCUAUCGAUCUGUGAGCCGAGAAGAGUAUAAUUUAAACCAUCAGAUUCCUGACUGGACGGACAGAAUUACUUUGGAAAAAGGUUAA